AUGGCGCAGCAGGGAGGGGCCGGGCGGGGGGGAGGGCGUGGGCCACCGGUGCAAGCGGGGGGGGGACGCGGAGGGGGCGGAAGGGGAGGGGGGCCGCAGCAGGCAGGCGGGACGGAUCCCGCGCCUGCUGCGAUCACGUUCACUAAGGACCCGGUGAUGGAAGACAAGCGGCCGCGCAAGAUCAAGAGCGUGCGGUUCAGCACAAUGAGUGCGCACGAGAUAAUGAAGAGUGCGGAGGUGCAGGUAUCAGAGAGGAGUCUGUACCAGCUGCCAGAGCGCAAGCCCACGCCCUUUGGCGUGCUAGACCCUCGCCUGGGAACGACGAGCAAGAAGGGCGAGUGCACGACGUGCAACGGCACGCUGCAGGACUGUGCGGGGCACUUUGGGUACAUUCGCCUGGAGCUGCCAGUGUACCACAUGGGGUACUUUAAAGUCAUUCUGCUCAUCAUGCAAUGCAUCUGCAAGAACUGUGGGCGCAUUUUGCUGAGCGACGAGGAGCGGCGGCAGUGGCUGAAGAAGUUCCGGCACCCGCGGGUGGAGGUGCUGCAGAAGAAGGCCAUGGUGAAGCGCGUUUCAGAGCGGUGCAAGCGCACCAGGAUGUGCCACUACUGCGGGGACCACAAUGGCACUGUGAAGAAGCUGACUGGUACCCUCAAGCUAUCCCAUGACAAGUAUGGGAAAGAUAUGGACGCCAAGGACGACGUGGUGCGGCGCAUGGAGGCAGCGGUGGAGGCGAACAAGGAGAUAGCGCAGCACUCGAGCAAGGUGGCGGACGACCUCAACCCCGUCAGAGUGCUGUGGCUCAUGGAGCGCAUGCUGGAUGAGGACUGCGAGCUUCUAGACCUCUACUAUCGCCCCGAGCGCCUCAUAGUAACACACCUGUCGGUCCCCCCAGUGGCCAUCCGUCCGUCCGUGGUGAUGGAGUCAGCGGCGGGGAGCAACGAGGACGAUGCGACGAUGAAGCUGGCGGUGAUCAUCGAGGUCAACAGCGCGCUCCGACUCGGCAUUCAGAAAGGGCUGCCCAUGCCCAACCUCGUGGAGAACUGGGACUUCCUUCAACUGCAAGUGGGGCUUUACAUAAACUCGGAGCUCCCCGGCCUGCCCCUAGCAGCACAGCCCACGAAGCCAACUAGAGGGUUCGUGCAGCGGCUGAAGGGCAAGCAGGGGCGGUUCCGACAGAACCUGUCCGGCAAACGAGUGGACUUCAGUGGCCGCACUGUCAUCUCCCCCGACCCCAACCUCAAGAUCUCCGAGGUGGCGGUGCCGAUGCAUAUGGCGCAGCUGUUGACAUUCCCCGAGGCGGUGAGUCGACACAACAUCCACAAGCUGAGGCAGCUGGUCAUCAACGGCACCGCCAAGUACCCAGGGGCUAACUUCGUGCUCUACCCCAACGGCAACAAGUGCUCCAGUCCCCUUGCCGGGACCGCAGCUCCAGUCUUCAAGCCGGGAUUGCAGCUCCAGUCCCCUUGCCGGGAUUGCAGCUCCAGUCCCCUUGCCGGGAUUGCAGCUCCAGUCCCCUUGCCGGGACUGCAGCUCCAGUCCCCUUGCCGGGACUUCAGCUCCAGUCUCCUUGCCGGGACUGCAGCCCCAGUUCCGUGUUACACUGCAAAGAGGUUCCUCAAGUUCCUCAAGUAUGGAGACAGAAGGAGAGUAGCAGCAGAGCUCAAGUAUGGGGACAUAGUGGAGAGGCAUCUGGAGGACGGCGACAUGGUGCUGUUUAACCGCCAGCCCAGCCUGCAUCGCAUGUCCAUCAUGUGCCAUCGGGCAAGGGUGAUGCCAUGGAAGACACUUCGCUUCAACGAGAGUGUGUGCAAUCCAUACAAUGCGGAUUUCGAUGGCGAUGAGAUGAACAUGCACGUGCCGCAAACCGAGGAGGCCAGGACAGAAGCCCUGCUUCUCAUGGGGGUGGAGAACAACCUGUGCACGCCCAAGAACGGGGAGAUUCUAGUCGCCUCCACCCAGGACUUCCUCACCUCCGCCUUCCUCAUCACCAGACGAGACACCUUUUACGACCGCGCCUCCUUCUGCCUGCUCUGUUCCUACAUGACGGACGGGGCGAUGCAAGUGGACAUACCCACGCCCGCACUUCUCAAGCCAGUGGAGCUGUGGACGGGCAAGCAGCUCAUAGGCGUGCUCGUGCGCCCCUCCGCGCACGACCGCGUGUUUGUCACGCUCGGCGUGCCUGAGAAGACCUACACCAAGAAGGGCGGGCCGUUUUGUGUCAAUGAUGGUUUUGUCUUCUUCCGGAACAGCGAGUUGCUGUCGGGGCAGCUGGGGAAGGCUACGCUAGGCAACGGCAGCAAGCAGGGUCUGUUUGCGCUGCUCAUGCGCGAGUACUCGGCGCAAGUGGCUGCCGUGUGCAUGAACCGACUGGCCAAGCUCAGUGCGAGGUGGAUAGGCAACCACGGGUUCUCCAUCGGGAUAGACGACGUGCAGCCUUCCAAGCAUCUGUACAACGAGAAGCAGCGGGCCGUGGAGGAGGGGUACGAUGCCAGUCUGCAGCACAUCCAGGCGUUCAACGAGGGGAGGUUGACUCUGCAGCCCGGGUGCAAUGCUGCCCAGACACUAGAGGCGAAUAUUACCGGCGAGCUGAACAGGAUUCGAGAGGAGGCAGGGAAGGUGUGUCUGCGGGAGCUGCAUUGGCGCAACAGUCCGCUCAUCAUGUCACAGUGUGGGUCCAAGGGGUCGCCUAUCAACAUAUCGCAGAUGGUCGCCUGUGUGGGCCAGCAGUCUGUGGGCGGCAAGCGAGCGCCCAACGGUUUCCUCCACCGCUCCCUGCCGCACUUCCCCCGCCACGACCGCUCGCCUCAGGCGAAGGGCUUUGUGGCAAACUCGUUCUACAGCGGGCUGACACCCACGGAGUUUGUGUUCCACACCAUGGGCGGCCGAGAGGGGCUCGUUGACACUGCUGUGAAAACAGCAGAGACGGGGUACAUGUCGCGGCGGCUGAUGAAGGCGCUGGAGGAUCUGUCAGUGGCGUACGAUGGCACGGUGCGCAACGCCAGUGGCGGCAUCGUGCAGAUGCGGUACGGCGAUGAUGGCAUGGACCCCGCUCACAUGGAGGGCAGUGACGGAGGGGCGCUCAACCUUGAUCGUACCUUCACCACAUGCCAGGCCUUGCGUCCCAUGCGCAGCGACCCCCCGCUCUUCCCCGACGAGAUGCGCGCGCACAUGCAGACAAGAUUCGCCGCCCCGGAGUUUGCCGACCCGGAGUCAGAGGGCGGCUGCUCCACUCGGUUCCGAGACUCGGUACUUGGCUUUCUGGACAAGCAGCUGGGGGCGAUCGAGGGGACAAGGCGGCGACUAGGGUUACCAGUUACCAAGGAGGAGACCGAGAGAGGGGUAGAGGAUGCUAUGGAGGUGGAUGGGAAGGCUGGGAAAGAGGGUGUUGAGACAGAAGAAGGAAAUGGGGAGGGGAAGGGGGACGGAAAAGUGGAGGGGGAAGGGAAAGGGGAGGGGCAAGAGGAGGCGGAAGGCGAAGGGGAGGGGAAGAAGGAGAGGGUGUUGGAGAGAGGGGUGGCGGAGAAGGUAGCUCGGAACUUGUGUGGGAUAACAGCAAAGCAACUGCAGCUAUUCCUAGACACGUGCAUUCGCCGCUACCAGUCCAAGCGCAUGGAGCCGGGCACAGCAGUGGGGGCCAUCGGGGCACAGUCCAUAGGCGAGCCAGGCACACAGAUGACUCUCAAGACCUUCCAUUUCGCUGGCGUUGCUUCCAUGAAUGUGACUCUGGGAGUGCCGCGAAUCAAGGAGAUUAUCAACGCGGCCAAGAACAUCAGCACACCCAUCGUCACUGUCAAGCUUGAGACGGACAAUGACGUGAAGGCGGCUCGCAUUGUGAAGGGGCGCAUUGAGAAGACCACGUUGGGGGAGGUGAGCAGAAUAGUGAGAUGCGCAGUGACUCGACUCAAAAGGCCCAUUGUGACUGUCAAGCUUGAGACGGACAAUGACGUGAAGGCGGCUCGCAUUGUGAAGGGGCGCAUUGAGAAGACCACGUUGGGGGAGGUGAGCAGAAUAGUGAGAUGCGCAGUGACUCGACUCAAAAGGCCCAUUGUGACUGUCAAGCUUGAGACGGACAAUGACGUGAAGGCGGCUCGCAUUGUGAAGGGGCGCAUUGAGAAGACCACGUUGGGGGAGGUGGUUAAAAGUAUGAAAACCGUCCUGACCCCCAGCCAAGCGAUGCUCUCGAUCCGUCUCGACAUGCAUCGAAUCAGCGCUCUCCAGCUCGACAUCACCGCCUACACGGUCGCAGACGCCAUCACGACUGCGUCGCGCCUGCGCAUGAAGCUGAAGGCGCAGCACAUCCGCGUGGUGAGCGCGGACAAGCUGCUGGUCUACUCGCCCGAGCAGGACAGAAGGCAGCUGCUCUUCUCGCUGCACAGCCUAAGGAAGAAGCUGCCGCAAGUCAUGGUCAAGGGCAUCGCGAGCGUGGAGCGGGCUGUGAUUAAUGACCUUGGCGGCGGGAAAUACAACCUGCUGGUGGAAGGGACCAACUUCGGUGCAGUGCUGGGCAUAACAGGCGUGGACGGGUGCAAGACAAAGAGCAAUCACGUGAUGGAGGUGGAAUCGGUGUUGGGGAUAGAGGCGGCGCGGUAUGCCAUCAUGCACGAGAUCAACUACACCAUGGGUUCCCACGGCAUGACCAUCGACCCCCGCCACAUGAUGCUGCUCGCUGACGUCAUGACCUACAAGGGCGAGGUGUUGGGAAUCACGCGGUUUGGCAUAGCGAAGAUGAAGGACAGUGUGCUCAUGCUGGCGUCCUUUGAGAAGACCACGGACCACCUCUUUGACGCCGCCGUGCACGGGCGCAAGGACGAGAUCGAGGGGGUUUCAGAGUGCAUCAUCAUGGGCAUCCCCAUGCCCGUUGGCACAGGGCUGUUCAAACUCAAACAGAAAGUCGACCACAUCCCAGUCCUUCCCAAGCGGCCGCCACUACUUCUGGGCUAG